AUGCCGUGGACAUCACGUUACACGAAAUCGACACUAUAUAAGGUUGGGACGUCAGCGGCUAAUUUGUUCUUGUUGUUUGUCUCUUACAAGCGCAAGAGAAGGGUGAAUAUUCCAGUUUUGGGAAUGUCGACACGCCAGAUGCUUGCUACGAAGACAGCCAAUGCGGCUGCCAAGACGAAGACAAGUCUGAGCACAGAGCAGUCACAGAAGUUGAUUCAAACCAUGUUGACGAUGUCUUUUGGCUGCUUAGCUUUCCUGAGAGGAUUAUUCCCUGACGAAAACUUUGUAGAUCAGCGAUUUGUUCCGGAAAAGGUCGAGAAGAACUACAAAAAACUGGGCGGAUCGCAGAGUAACUCGAUUAAGAUAAAGACUCUGGUGCGGGGAAAGUCUAGUGAGGCAGAUUUGCUCCUGAACUGGCUGGAGAAAGGUGUUUUCCAGUCGAUUAAGUUGAAGUACCUAAAGGCUCUAAGCUUGGGAAUAUUCUUGAACGAGGAUGAUCCCACAGAUCUGCUGGAGAAUUACACUUUCAUGUUCGAAUAUGACGGCUCCGAUAAUUUUCAUAUGAAAGUGGGCUGCGACAAGGAUAAGGAAAUUGAUAGCAUAUCACUUUUAGAUUCAAGAAAAAUGGCCCAGCAAUUGAUGAGGAGGUUCAUCAUUAUCACCCAAUCACUGGAGCCUCUUCCUCAGAAAAAAUUCCUCACUUUGAGACUCAUGUUCAAUGAGAGAGCUCCGCCAGAUUAUCAACCGCAGCUCUUUAGAGAUGCCACAUACGAUAGGCCUGCUGUCAUUAAGAUCCCACAUUCGACCGACCCGGAUACAUUUUCAGUCGGGUCACUGGAUACAAAACACCACAAAAUCUCUCUCAAAGUUCUUUCUGCUUCAGACUGUGAUGUUGAUGAUUGCCCUGAUCUCACCCUUAUUGAUCCAUUUGAUCUCAUCGACCCGCGACCAGAGACUGGCACCAAUCAGAAAGUUACCUGCGGUGAUUCGGUGAACAGCCAGACCACCAACAAUCUUGGUGAUCUUUUGAAGUCCUCUCAACCAUACCUGCAACCCACACAAGCUGUUGCCAGCGGAGGGAAGGUCGAAAUCCUAUGUGAGUGCGGUAUGGACUGUCCAAAAGAAUCAACGGCGCUUAAAAUUUGCAAAAAAUGCAGAAAGCGUGUACACGGAGUCUGCUAUGGAAAUGCAAAAGGCUCAGCAAUUGAGGGAUGUAUGACGUGUGUGUAUGGUUCGCAGUUGGAGCUCGAUUCAGCCGAUUUCAAAGAUUUAAUGUUGCUCAGAAGAUGCUACAGGUAUAUCGCUCGCCGUCGCACAUUUCCUUCCUCAGUAAGCUCAUUUUUCAAGCACAUACUAGGUGACAUCGCAUCGGAUAGCGAACUUGAACACCGUUUAGCCUUUUGCCUAUCAGUUUUAUUCCUAGACGGAAUUCUAAUCUCGGAUGGCGAGAUAACGAACGACGCCAGUCAAACAAGUAAGAAAACCGCCGCUACUGUAAUCGUUGACUGGCCUGGUAUAGUAACGCCCAAUGAGGGUGAGCUCAGUCAAAAUCGAGAGUACUUUUGGUCAUUUUGCUACAGUCCCCCAAAGGCGCAUUCUUGCAUUACUGAUGUGCUUGCGGAAUCAAGGAAUCAAAUCGAGGGAUGGCUUGGAGAAGUUCAGCAAUUGCGAAAAUGCCUUUCGGAUUCAUUACCUUCAUCAUUCAACCUUCAAUCAUUAGAUAUCCGAGACAAAGAGCUAGAAUCCGUCUCAGGGAAAAAAAGGAAGCAUAUCAACUUAGACCAAUACUUAGCCAGUUCGAUCACCUAUGACACGAUGGAUAUGAGAAACGAACCUGAGUUCCAGGCACCGAAGAAGAUCAGAAAGAUAAGUGUCUCGAAGAAAUCCUUGAGAAGCGUAUGGUGA